CUCCUCUCUCACUCUCUCUCUUAAAGCUUCGAGGCCACGCCAAUGGCUUCUCACUCCCUCGCUCUCUCUCUCUUCUUCCUCCUCUUCUCGUGCUUCAUCUCCUCCGCCGCAGCCGCUCUGGUCCAGGAACAGCCCCUGGUUCUCAAGUACCACAACGGAGCUCUUCUGAAGGGCAAAAUUACCGUCGACCUCGUCUGGUACGGUCGCUUCACCCCCACCCAGCGAUCCGUCAUCGUAGACUUCAUCCGCUCCCUCGGCUUCGCCCGCUCCCCAACCCCCUCCGCCGCGUCCUGGUGGCGCACCACCGAGAAGUACAAGGGCGGCAGCUCCAACCUUGUUGUCGGACGGCAGGCCCUCCACGGGGCGUACACCCUCGGGAAGUCCCUCAAGGACCGCCACCUCCGCGCCCUCGCCGGGAAGUUCAACGCCGCUCCCGGCACCAUCACCGUCGUCCUCACGGCGGCGGACGUCGCCGUUGAUGGGUUCUGCAUGCGGUGCGGGUCGCACGGGUCGUCCAGGCCCGGGUCCGCGUUCGUGUGGGUCGGGAACUCGGAGACGCAGUGCCCGGGUCAGUGCGCUUGGCCGUUCCACCAGCCCAUGUACGGCCCGCAGUCGCCGCCCCUGGUGGCGCCGAGCGGCGACGUCGGGGUAGACGGCAUGGUGAUCAACCUGGCGACGCUCCUCGCCGGCGCUGUCACGAACCCGUUCCGGAGCGGGUACUUCCAGGGGUCGGCGGAAGCGCCGCUGGAGGCCGUGUCGGCGUGCACGGGGAUAUACGGGUCGGGUGCGUACCCAGGCUAUCCGGGCCGGCUCCUGGUGGACAAGGUGACCGGGGCGAGCUACAACGCCCACGGGAUGGGCGGCCGGAAGUUCCUGUUGCCGGCGAUGUGGGACCCGGAGACGUCCGCGUGCAAGACCCUCGUGUGAUCGGGCCACGUCGACAAAGGAGAAAGAUCAUCAUCAUCCAUGUACGGUCUGUGCAUAUCGUCCGGGUGGUUCACUUCACUUUACUGUUACUGUUGUAUCAAAACUCUGUCUAGAGUCGGUUCACGGUUGACCGAGUGACCCGAAUCGAACCCGGCUCGGUUCAAUUCGGACCGGGUUUAGGCCGAGAAUUAGCGACGGUCACGGUCAGUGUUGGGUGUCGCGGGGUUCGAGGGAUGUGGGAUAAAGAUGAGCCCACUUAUCUUCCUUUGGAGUUUUUUUUUUUUUUUAAAUUUUUCUUUGGCGCCUGCUCUGGUAGGAGUGUGAAAUGUAUUUAAGAAAGGGAAAAAUAGAAUAUAUAUAUAUAUAUAUGGAAAGUUUAUAUUCGCAUGGA